CAUGGUAUCCAUGAGGAUGACAUCUGGAACUUUGAUGAAACUGGCUUUGCGAUGGGACUCUGUACAACAUCUAGACCUGGCUUUGGGCCGGGUUUGGGCCGAGUUUCAGGCCCAUGGCCCGGCCCACAAGGCCCAUGGACGGGCCGGGGGUCAGGUCAGCCCACCCAUGGGCCAAUGGGCCGGCCCAUGGGCGGCCCACGAAAUGCCCAUUUGGCUCCCAAAUUGCAUAAAACUAAUGCAUAACUUGCUUACUUAGCUCGAUAAAAUACCAUCGUUUUGUAUACCAUCUCUUAACUAUGCUAUUAAUACCAAAUUUACAAAUGCCUUUUGAUUGCA